UCCUCUCAGUCCAGUCCUCACAAAGGCGCAAAGCCAGCGGCCAUUUAGGCCAACCAGCCACAGCCAUCAUCAUACAACAUUAAAUCUUCGCCCCUUCCGGCCGCCUUCCGUGCCUUGACAUGCAUGAUUGAUGGUGGCAGAUGAACGGGGCAAUGUCUCCUCCCCCACUACUCCCUUCCUCUAUAUAUUCUUUCCAAUUCCUCAUCCCAUACAAUUCAUCACUCACAACUCUUCCUUUCUCUUUCCUUCUCUUUUUCUACUAAUUCUACUACACACAGCAUUCCACGAUCAAGGUCUCAUCUUCUAAGUUCUAACCAUCCCAAAAAGACACUUUGCAUAGUCAUGGAAAGGAUCAACUCAAGGCUAUACCUGCAGAACUGCUACAUAAUCCAAGAGAAUGAGAGGCUAAGAAGGAAAGCUCAGCUUCUCAACCAGGAGAAUCAGGCUCUGUUAUCUGAGCUGAAGAAGCAGAAGCUGGCCAAUGCAAACGCCAAACCCAGCCCAAGCCUUAUCCCAGACCUCAACCUCAGUUCCACCUCCAGUCUGAAUACAACUAAUCCCAGCAAACCCUGAUAGUCUCUGGUGGAUGCUGUCAUUCUGACCCCUUUUUUGUGUUGCGACAUAGGAGUCAAAAAGGAAUAGUAGAUCCAGUUUCUAGUAUCUUUUGCUCCACCAGAGUACUACUUAUUACCUACCCGUCUCCUUCUAAUUAUGUCUUCUUUCUGAAUUCUGGUGUUGAGCUGAUGAAAUGCAGACAUAUAAAGCUGUACCAGAGAGGCAAAAGGAAUAUAAUA